AUGAGUGACAGUUACAAGGCUUUCAGUGCACCGGGGAAAGCGCUCAUCGCAGGUGGUUAUCUCGUCUUGGACAGGGCUUAUAACUCGUAUGUCGUCGCGUUGUCUUCAAGAAUGCAUGCUGUUAUCAAAGGUAAAAGUUCAUCAGAUUUACAAACCACAAUUGUUAAGAUAUCAAGUCCACAAUUUGCUAACGGUGAAUGGGAAUAUGAAUUGAAAUCAGAUGGUGAACAAAAAUUUCAUGCUUUAGAGAUUAAUGGUAAAAAAAAUCCAUUUGCUGAAUCUGCAGUUUCCACUGUUUUAGCUUUUGUUAAUCCAUCAAUUCAUUCACAUUUAAAUAUUACAAUUUUUUCAGAUUCUGGAUAUCAUUCACAAGAUGAGACUAUACAGAAACAAUCAGGCUCUAAGAAAUAUUCAUAUCAUCAAAAGGAACUUACACAAGUUCCUAAAACUGGGUUAGGUUCAUCCGCUGGACUGGUUACUGUAUUAACAACAGCUAUUUAUUCAUAUUAUAACACUGAUUUCGAUGUCAAAUCCAAAACUCAAUUACAAUUGAUUCAUAAUAUUGCACAAGUGGCUCAUUGUCAAGCUCAGGGGAAAGUUGGUUCUGGUUUUGAUGUUGCAGCUGCAACUUUUGGUUCAAUUGUUUAUAAAAGAUUUGAUCCUUCAUUAAUUAAUAAUUUAAAACCACAAUCAGAUAUUACCAAAUCCCAGCAUCAUGAACAAUUAGUAAAACUUGUUAAAUUCCAUGAUUGGGAUAUAAAGAAUGAUAAAGUUGCCUUACCAAAAGGUAUUAAAUUAAUAAUGGGGGAUAUUAAAGGUGGUUCAAACACACCAAAAUUAGUUUCAAAAGUUCUUCAAUGGAGACAAUCAGAUCCUGAAAGUGCUCAAGUGUAUCAUGAAUUAGAUUCAUCAAAUAUGAAAUAUGUUGAAUCCUUGGAUAAAUUAAAUAAAUUUAGUGAAACAAAUCCUGAUGAAUAUGAAAAUUUAAUAAAUUUCAUAAUUAAUAACAAUACAACAGAAAUAUUAAAUGAUCAAUCAACACCAAACUUAGAACCAAUCAAAGAACUCAUCAAUGCUACAAAUAUAAUCCGUUCAAAUUUUAGAUCAAUUACAUCAAGAUCAGGUGCAGAAAUUGAACCAGAACCUCAAACAAAAUUAUUAGAUGAAUGUUCUCAAAUCAAAGGUGUGAUAUCCGGUGUUGUUCCAGGUGCAGGUGGUUAUGAUGCUAUUAGUUUAUUAGUGGCAGAAGAAUCUAUUGAUAAUUUGAUUGGAUCUACUAAAACAAAUCCAAUUUUCCAAAAUGUUUCAUGGUUAGAUCUUCAUGAACAAUCUGAUGGGAUUCAACAAGAACCUGUGGAGAAUUACAUAGAGCUAUUAUAG